UGUCUCCAACUUCCUUCCUUCAUGUUUCUUGCCUCUUGUAAUCGUAAAUGUCAUUCUCUAACAUUCCUUUUAAAAUAUUUGAACAAGCCCUCUCUUCUUGAGAAAUCAAGCUACUAUUGUUAUGCUUUGUAUCUGAUAUAUCUGACUUCUCUAAUGUGUCUUCUUUUAAGGCUCAAGAUGAGUGUAAACCGGCCAUACUUGCUCAAAAAUGCAGCUAACCUCAGACUGGUGAUCUUGGUUCUGUGGUUGGUUUGUUAUGUUGGUUAUGGUCAAUUUGAGGACACACAUGACUUCAACAAUCCGGCUGCUCUUCCCCUCUUUACACAGAUGGUGUACCGUAAGCUCUGUAACAGCACUGCUUCACUUAGCCACGAGCUCGCUACUAGAGCCAAGUUUUGCGUCAAAGACCCGGAUGCUGAUUGGAACAGAGCUUUUAAUUUCUCCACCAACUUGGAUUUCUUGUCUUCUUGCAUUAAGAAAACCCAAGGUGAUAUUGGUAGGCGUAUCUGCACAGCAGCAGAGAUGAAGUUCUAUUUAAAUGCUUUCUUUUUUAAAUCAAGUAACCCUGGUUACUUGCAACAAAAUGGGAACUGCAACUUGACUUCAUGGGUGUCUGGUUGUGAACCUGGUUGGGCCUGCAGCAUCGAUCCAACAGAACAAGUUGUUCUACAAAACUCUACAGAUUUUCCAGAAAGAACAAGAAACUGUAUGUCUUGUUGUGAAGGCUUCUUCUGCCCCAGGGGACUCACUUGUAUGAUACCUUGCCCUCUUGGCGCCCAUUGCCCUUUAGCUACACUUAAUAAGAGAACAAGCUUGUGUGAACCGUAUACUUAUCAGUUACCACCAGGACGACCAAACCACACUUGUGGCGGUGCAAACGUAUGGGCUGAUAUCAGAAGCAGCGGUGAAGUGUUCUGUUCUGCAGGAUCAUAUUGUCCAUCGACCACCCGAAAACUAGCGUGUGAUAGUGGGAACUACUGUCGUAUGGGGUCUACAUCUGAGAAACCUUGCUUUAAGUUAACUUCUUGCAAUCCCAACACAGCAAAUCAGAACAUGCAUGCAUUUGGGGUUAUGGUUAUUUUUGGUGUGAUUACCAUUCUACUCAUUAUAUACAACUGUUCUGAUCAAAUCCUGACAACGAGGGAGAAGAGGCAGGCUAAAUCAAGAGAAGCAGCUGUGAAGAAAGCUAAAGCUCAUCAGAGAUGGAAAGUUGCUAGAACUGAGAUACGUGCGCAAAUAACUCGGACGUUCUCUGGUGUUAAGGAAACUCACAAGAUCUUGGAUCGUGGGUACUCUUCAGAUGUAGGCAUCUCCAAAUAUUCAAGUCCUGAGAGUUCCUCUGCUGUACAAUCUAGCAAUGAGGUCAAGGAUGAUAAAAUCAAGAAAUCAUCUAGCCAAAUCUUGAAGGAUGCAUAUAGUCAGAUCGAGAAGGAGAAAGCCAUGGAACUAGAGAAUAAAGACCUUACCUUCUCAGGAUUAGUUAACAUGGCUACUUACUCUGAGGUGAGGAAGAGGAGGACUCUCAUGGAGCUUUCUUUCAAAGAUUUAACUCUUACAUUGAAAUCUAAUGGUAAGCAUCUGUUGAGAUGUGUGACUGGCACCAUGAAACCAAGUCGUAUCACAGCUGUGAUGGGUCCAUCAGGAGCAGGAAAGACAAGUCUCCUCUCUGCUUUGGCUGGCAAAGCCGUUGGAUGCAGUUUGAGUGGUUUGAUUCUUAUAAAUGGGAAGCAAGAGUCGAUCCAUUCGUAUACGAAGAUCAUUGGUUUUGUGCCACAAGAUGAUAUUGUCCAUGGAAACUUGACAGUUGAGGAAAACAUUUGGUUCCAUGCUAAAUGCAGGUUACCUGCAGGACAAUCAAAAGGCGAUAAAGUUCUUGUGGUUGAGAGAGUCAUUGACUCUUUGGGGCUACAAGCUGUGAGGAGUUGUUUAGUUGGUACGGUAGAGAAGAGGGGAAUCUCUGGAGGGCAGAGGAAGCGAGUGAAUGUUGGUUUAGAAAUGGUAAUGGAGCCAUCCAUUUUGUUCUUGGACGAGCCUACUUCUGGCUUAGAUAGUGCCUCAUCACAGCUUCUUCUUAAAGCACUUAGACAUGAAGCUCUUGAAGGAGUCAAUGUUUGCAUGGUUGUUCACCAACCAAGUUACACUUUGUUCAGAAUGUUCCAAGAUCUAGUACUUCUAGCUAAAGGUGGCCUUACUGUUUACCACGGACCAGUCAAGGAGGUCGAGGAAUACUUCUCAGGUCUUGGAAUAAUUGUACCAGAACGUAUCAACCCUCCUGACUAUUACAUAGAUGUUUUGGAAGGAAUUGUGACAGAUUUGAACUCUGAUGUUGGCUACAAAGAGCUUCCUCAAAGGUGGAUGAUUCACAAAGGGUACUCGGUUCCAUUAGAUAUGCAGAACAACAACAGUGCCAAGGACCUUGUCAUGAACCCAGACGUUGUAAGCAAUACGAGCUGCAAUGCAGAACAAACAUUUGUCAGAGAGCUGUGGGGAGAUGUGAAUAGUAAUUUCAGAAUGCAUAGUGAUAAGAUACGGCAUAACUUCUUACAGUCCAGAGAUUUGUCCUGCAGAAGAAACCCUUCUAUCUGGCCACAAUACAAAUACUUCCUUGGAAGGAUAGCUAAGCAGCGAAUGAGAGAAGCUAAGUUACAAGCCACAGACUAUUUGAUUUUAUUGCUAGCUGGUGCUUGUUUAGGAUCACUUAUUAAAGCAAGUGAUGAGAGCUUUGGAGCACCUGGUUAUACCUACACUAUUAUUGCCGUUUCUCUUCUGUGUAAAAUAGCAGCUUUAAGAUCAUUCUCACUAGACAAGUUACAUUACUGGAGAGAAAGUGCUUCAGGGAUGAGUAGCUUGGCUUGUUUUCUUGCCAAAGAUACAAUAGACUGUUUCAAUACACUUGUCAAGCCAUUGGUUUAUCUCUCCAUGUUCUACUUCUUCACUAACCCCAGAUCUACGUUUUUCGAUAACUAUAUCGUUUUGGUCUGCCUUGUAUAUUGUGUGACUGGUAUUGCAUAUGCAUUGGCCAUCUUCCUCCAACCUGGUUCUGCUCAGCUGGUUUCUGUUCUGCUUCCAGUAGUUCUAACACUUGUCGCAACUCAACCUAAGAAUAGUGAGGCUAUGAAGAUCAUAGCUGAUCUAUGUUAUCCAAAGUGGGCUUUGGAGGCAUUUGUUAUUGGAAAUGCUGAAAAGUACUAUGGAGUAUGGAUGAUCACUCGAUGUGGAUCGCUUAUGAAGAGUGGCUACGACAUUAAUAAGUGGAAUCUAUGUAUAAUGAUAUUGCUUCUCAUUGGUGUGGUCACUCGUAAUAUUGCCUUUGUAGGGAUGCUUAUACUUCAAAAGAGGUGAAGAGAAGGUCUUUCCAUUACGGUUGAUAUCUGCUUUUAGUUCUCAGGGCUCUGAGGAUUGGAAGAAGGAGAAGAGUUUAAUGGUUCUGCGUUUGGUUAGUUGGUUACAUUCGAGGACCAAGUUAUAUAUAUAGCUUUCUUAAUUGUGUUAUUCUCAUCUUAGUUCAUUGUCUUAUUAUUAGAGUUACAGACUUUGUUGAUGUUGGUGUUUAUACAAAAAAAAAAGAGAGAAAUGUUGCAUAAGCUGAUCUAUAACAGCAUCUCCAACACAAACCUUAUUUUGAGUCUGGAUUAUUUUCAAAAUGAGGGUUUGAAGAUGGGUUGUUCCAGCAAGUAACCUCAAACAUAUUUUAAAAAUUUUACAUACCACAUUUUAAUCAUCAGCCUUCAUAAUAAUUAAUUAUAGGCACUGAACUUUAUAAAUAAACAGAUAGUAAAUACGAAAUAAAAUGCAAAACAUAAUAUUUACAUAAUUCUUUUUUUUGAUGAAAUUUUGAAUUUAUUGAUCAUCA